CAUAUAUAUAUAUGUAUGAAUCUGGUUCAGAACAUAUGGUUUUCUUCAUAUCCUAUCGUCAGUUUGAUUAUUAUUGUUCCUUAAUUUGGCAAAUUAAAGAAGCAAUGGCUAUCCAAGUCCUGCUGUUGCUCUUAACUUGUUUUGCGCCGGCAGCGGCCAAAGACACACUGUCACAAGGCUCCUCUCUUUCCGUGGAGAAGCCAACCACCGACAUCCUGGUCUCCGCCAAUGGUGACUUCUCCGCCGGAUUCUUCCAAGUCGGCGACAACGCUUUCUGUUUCUCCGUGAUGUUCACAAGGUCACAAACACCCACCCCAGUUUGGAUGGCCAACCGCGACCAACCCGUCAACGGAAAAUCCUCAACUCUCUCUCUCUUGAAAUCCGGCAACCUUAUUCUCAUCGACGCCGGAAGAACCCCCUUCUGGUCCACCACCACAUCCUCCUCUUCUGAACUGCACCUCAAGCUCAACAAUAAAGGCAACCUCCUUCUCCAAACUUCACAAGGAACCGUCCUUUGGCAAAGCUUCGAUUCACCAACGGACACCCUUCUUCCCGGUCAAAAACUAACUGAUCAAGCUUUCCUUCUCUCUUCAAGAAGCACAACAAACUUCUCCUCAGGCUUCUACAAGCUCUUCUUCGACACCGACAACGUCCUCAAGUGUCUUUACAAAGGCCCUAACAUCUCCAGCGUGUACUGGCCAACCCCCUAUAACACUGCAAGUACUAACGGAAGAUCCACCUUCAAUAUUUCAAGAAUCGCACUCUUAGAUUCUUACGGAGCCUUCUUAUCCUCCGAUGGCUUCCAAUCCAACUCCACCGAUUACCUCGCCACACUCCACAGAAAGCUCGUCAUGGAUCCUGAUGGAAACCCGCGUAUAUACAGCUUCAACCAGAAUCGUAAGAUGUGGGAGGUAACAUGGCAAGCCAUUAACGCACCUUGUACCGUUCAUGGCCUCUGCGGAGCAAAUAGCUUGUGCGCUUAUCAUCCUGUUAAUGGCAGAACUUGCUAUUGCAUGCAAGGAUUCAAGGUUAAGGAUCCCAAUGACUGGACCCACGGAUGCGUCCCUGAGUUUGACGAAGAACAACUCAGUUGCAGUGGAAAAAAGAAUGCAUCCAUAGAUUUUGUGAUUCUUCCAAGCACGGAGUUUUAUGGCUAUGAGAGCAAAGUUUACAACGUUGCAAGCUUGAUACAAUGCCGGAAUAUAUGCACGCAACUUUGCGAUAAUUGCAAAGGUUUUCAACUCAGUUUCAAUAACAUUCGAACCUAUAAUUGUUACCCUAAGACAGUUUGGCUUAACGGAAGAGAUUCUCCUGAUUUCAGUGGAGACACAUAUUUGAAAUUGCCGAAACAAACUUUAUUGUCUUCCAAGAAGCCUCUCAAACAUUCACCAAUGGAAUGUUCUUCUCGUUUGUCUCAACCUUUGGAUAGAUUCUACCAGAAACCUAGAAGAAACUCCACGUUGAAUUUCUUGCUCUGGUUCGCCAGCGCGGUAGGGGCGCUUGAAUUGACCGCAAUCUUGGCUGUGUGGUUCUUCUUGUUCAGAACCAACAAGCAACCUGAUCAUGAAGAUCAACGGCUACUCCUUUCCGCUACGGGAUUCCAGAGAUUCAGCUAUGCUGAGCUGAAAAGAGCAACAAAAGGAUUCAGCCACAGCCAUGAGAUUGGUCGAGGCUCCGGAGGGGUUGUGUACAAAGGAAAACUAGACGAUGAUCGUUUUGCUGCCAUCAAACUUCUCAGCAGCGACGCGAAUCAAGGAGAAGCUGAAUUCCUAGCUGAGUUAAGCACCAUUGGGAUGUUGAACCACAUGAAUUUGAUUGACAUGUGGGGUUACUGUGUUGAAGGGAAGCACAGGGUGUUGGUUUAUGAGUACAUGGAGCAUGGUUCGUUGGCAGAUUAUCUGUCUUCAAACACGCUUGAUUGGAAGAAAAGGUUUGAUGUUGCAGUUGGAACAGCAAAAGGUCUUGCUUAUUUGCACGAGGAGUGCUUGGAGUGGGUGUUGCACUGCGAUGUGAAGCCGCAGAACAUUCUUCUAGACUCCAACUUCCAACCCAAGGUGGCGGAUUUCGGGCUCUCAAAGCUUCUGAAUAGAGACGAGCGUGCGGGUUCUGGGUUUUCAAGAAUAAGAGGAACGCGUGGGUACAUGGCUCCAGAGUGGGUUUACAAUCUUCCAAUAACUUCCAAGGUGGAUGUUUAUAGCUACGGGAUUGUUGUGUUGGAAAUGGUGACUGGGAAGAGCGCUAUGGAGACUCAUAGUCUUGAUUUGAGUAGUCGGGGAAUUGAGCAGCGGCGGUUGGUGACGUGGGUGAGUGACGUCAUCAACGGUGCUCCCAAGACAGAGUUUUGGGUUGAGGCUAUUGCGGAUCCUAAAUUGGAAGGGGAAUAUGAGAUUUCGCAGGUUGAGGUUUUGGUCAAAGUGGCUUUGCAGUGUGUGCAAGAUGACAUGAAUCAAAGACCCUCCAUGAGCCAAGUGGCGGAGAUGCUUCAGCCCCAUGGAAAAACUAUCCUACUUUGUUAGUAGCUAUUUUAUUUACAACAAUGCUAGGAA